AUGCUCCUUCGUCACGUGGUUAGGGAAUCUCAGUAUUAUGUUCAUUUCAGGAAGUAGUUGUGUGGGUGUUUCGGUUUCAUUUGUUUUUGUUCCCAAACACAGUGUUGAGUAACUGCGCGGAGGCCGGUGAAAAACACAUAGAGAAGGUGGGUUUAAACCCCAGAAAUGCCCUUUCCGUAACCCGAUGUCAGGCUGAAGUGAUACCGAGAUUUUGACAUAAUGGGCCCUGGUUAGAAAUUUCUAGUAAACCGGCAUACACUACACAGAGCCGCUGAGUCUCGCAGGGACAGGAGAGGCCCGCUGCCUGAUCGCGAAGCCUCGGGCUGGACUAAACCGGACCCAUCGGCGGCUACCGGCAAACGGGAACUGUGGCUCCCUUAUUUUAAACUCUUGCCCUUCAUUCCUUGUGGGAGAUUUCUGCUGUUUAAAGUCGCCAAAAUAGCCGUGUCAGGUAGAAAGAGACAAACCUCUGAGCCAGACGCGAUCAGCGGUUGCAGCGGACAGUCCGUGACCACCAAGCGGCUCAAGAUGGCCAGCACCGCUGAGGCUGGGGGGCGCAGAAGACGUGGCCUGGAGGACAAUUCAAGAGAAAAGAAGCAGAAAGACAAGGCAAACCAGGAGAGCAAAGAAGCAAAGAGAGCUAUCAGCAGAGAGGCAAGAAAAGAGCUACCUCACUCUCAGGAUUUAUCAGAGGAAUUAAAUGAGGAUACAGAUAUUGAUGAUGUUUUCUUCGAUUGGAAACAAAACUCCAAUGAGAUAAUCGUGAAGCUCAGACCUGGAGAAGGGGUUGUGAAGGUGGACGAUGUAGAUGCUGCAUUUACAGACACAGCCUGUCAGGUCCGGUUUCCAGAUGGACGCCAGUGGAGCUGCAACUUCUUUGCAGAGAUUGAGAGUUCCUGCAGCAAAGUUCAGUACAAAGAGAAAGGAAACGUGUUGCAGCUGGUUUUACAGAAGAAGAUCCCCUUCAAUGCUUGGCCCUCUAUGAUGGACAAGAAGAAUAAAGACCCUGUGAUCUUGCAGACAGAAAAUGGAAAAGAGGGAUCUUUGAAGAUUGAAAAAGUGGAGGAAGAAGAGAGUGCCCCUGUGCCAUCAGAGCCGAAGGAACAGAAGAGGCCCAAAGACCGGGGAAUGAAACGUGCAAUAAAAACUAAACCAUCACAAGUGUGUGAGCCAGGAUCAAAGGGCAGUGGGACUACAAAGACAGCUGGGAAAAACACAGAGGCACAAGCGGAGCCCAGCGCAAAGCGUAUAAUCCGCACAAAAGAUUCUAAGGACCCUGAGAGAGACACACCUGCAAAGGUAUUGGGGAAUGACAAAAACGAGAGUGCCCCGGAGGCUGGAAACUCAGCCCACUGCAACGGGAGGAGUAAAUACAAGAGGAGCGGCAAAGAGUCUCUGGUGGAGAAAACCGCUGAAUGUAAACCUGCAGAGGCGGAGAUGAUGGAGGAGAAAGUUCUCCGUGUAGCUUCGCAGGACACUUCUUCCACUCAGGGCUCCAGGAAUGAGGAAAGUGAGAUGAAGGAACAAUUGGUUGGAGAUCUGGAGCCCGACAUGUGUAGGAAUGACAGGGGAGACUCUGAAUCUGAGGUUGGGAAAGGGACUCCAGAGGUUCAGGAGGCUGAAACUGUCCAUUUAGGUGCUGGAGAACAAUCAACACCCUCUAAAGCUUCAAUUUCUACAAUGGAAGAAGAAUCUGAAAAAGUGGACGAGUCAAAAGAGGACGCUUUGGAAGAGCAACCUGAAAUCCUGGAGCCAAUGGUGAACUUGACGUUUGUGAAGAACGACUCGUAUGAGAAAGGCAAUGACCUCGUGGUGGUGAGCGUGUACCUGAAAGGGAUCUGCAGGGAGACGGUGAAGGUGCUGUUUCGAGAGCAGGACUUCACAAUCAUCUUUCAGACCAGUGAUCAGAAUUUUUUGCGGUUUCAUUCAAGCUGUGGACCAAACACAGUCUUUAAGUGGCAGGUGAAACUCAGGAAUCUUAUACACCCUGAGCAGUGUGCCUAUUCUUUCACCCCAUCCCGACUCGAUAUCACAUUGAAGAAGAGGCACAGUCAGAGAUGGGGAGGGCUGGAGGCUCCAGCAACACAAGGACACCCCAAACACACUGGGCUAAUAUUGACACUUGCUGGAGAGGUGGGACUGGAGCUGCAGAAAUCCAGCCGUGCAGAGGGUCCGCGCACUAAGACAUCAAGCUCUUGUGCAGUGGGUGGCGCCAAGGUGGCUUUGUCUACAGGACCUGCUUCUAUUGAAAAGACCCAGCCUGGGAGUAGCCAGCACACACUGCCAAGCAAAGAGGAACCAAGGUCUGCUGAGAAAGAAAAAUCACGCACUGAGGAUGGUGUGCCGAUUAAACAGGAACCCCUUGUAACAUCACCCAAGCCAACCUGCAUGGUGCCCCCGAUGAGCCACUCUCCAGUGGGCAGCGAGCACCUCGAGGAGGUGGAAGAGAAGGUGGUGUGUCUGCCUGGAUUCACAGGACUGGUCAAUCUCGGGAACACCUGCUUCAUGAACAGCGUUAUCCAGUCCCUGUCCAACACUCGCGAGCUGCGUGAUUACUUCCAUGAUCGAGCUUUUGAAACAGAGCUAAAUUGCAGUAACCCUCUGGGGACUGGAGGCCGUCUAGCCAUUGGGUUUGCAGUGUUGCUGCGGUCUCUUUGGAAGGGAACCCACCAUGCCUUUCAGCCCUCUAAAUUAAAGGCUAUUGUGGCAAGUAAGGCCAGCCAGUUCACGGGAUACGCACAGCAUGACGCCCAGGAAUUCAUGGCAUUCUUAUUAGAUGGGCUUCACGAGGACCUGAACAGGAUCCAGAAUAAACCAUAUACAGAGACUGUGGAUUCGGACGGGAGACCAGAUGAGGUUGUGGCAGAAGAGGCCUGGCAGCGGCAUAAAAUGAGGAAUGAUUCCUUCAUAGUGGAUUUGUUCCAGGGCCAGUACAAAUCUAAACUGGUCUGCCCUGUAUGCUCUAAGGUGUCCAUUACAUUUGACCCUUUCCUGUACCUGCCAGUUCCAUUGCCGCAAAAACAAAAGGUGCUGACGGUCUUUUACUUUGGCAAGGAACCUCAUAAGAAGCCAAUUAAGUUUCUGAUGAGUGUCAGCAAGGAGAAUUCCAGCACGACUGAAGUGCUUGAGUCCAUCUCCAAGAGUGUGAGGGUUAAACUGGAGAACCUGAGGCUUACUGAGGUCAUUAAUAGUCGAUUCCACCGUGCGUUCCUUCCCUCUCACUCGCUGGAUGCAGUUUCUCCCUCAGACACUCUCUUCUGUUUUGAAGUACUGUCCAAGGAUCUGGCUAAAGAGAAAGUGCUUAUUCUACAGGUCCAACAGAGGCCCCAGGUCCCCUGCAUUUCCAUCAGUAAGUGUGCUGCUUGUCAGAAACACCCGCAGGCGGAGGACGAGAAGGUGAAACGCUGCACUCGCUGCUACCGCGUUGGGUACUGCAACACGGCUUGUCAGAGGACCCACUGGCCUAAUCACAAAAAUCACUGCAAGCCACAUGUUGAAAACAUUGGCCGUCCGUUCCUGAUCAGCGUCCCUGAGUCUCGGUUAACAUACUCUCGCCUUGCCCAGCUGUUGGAAGGGUACUCUAGGUACUCUCUGAAUGUGUUUCAGCCUCCAAUCCAGUCUGGCAAAUUGUCCCCGGAGCUGAGCCAGUGCAGAGCAGAUCUGCCCCCGCAGGUCCCCGAGAUACCAGACGGCUGCAGUAGAGAGGGCUGUCUGGAUCAGACCAAGGAGCAUGAAAAGGUUAUGCAGUCCCCGGAACCAGACAUCUGCCAGGCUGCAGGGGACUCAAAGAGGGAUAACGAUUCCACCCUCACUGUCGACUCUGGGUAUUCCAGUCAAUCACGUGAGUCCCAGGAACAAGCUGGCUGCGAGAAGGAAACGUCCUGUGAGAAAGCGGUGAAACCUGAAGCUGCAGUCCCAGGUUACCAGAAGCCUACAGAGUCACUAGCCAGUGGUGCAUCACAGUUCUACAUCGCUGUCAUUGAUUCAGCGAAGAAUGAGGAAAAACUUGAGGACAAAGGCGAUGCUGUGUUGGAUAUACCUGAAGACUCUUCUCUGGUCCUGGUGUGGAAGAAUAAUGAGCGGAGCAAGGAGUACGUGCUCAUCGAGUCAAAGGAGCUGGAGUAUGUGGAGGACCCAGGCUCAGCCAGCGAGGCAGCCAGGGCAGGACACUUCACCCUGGAGCACUGCCUCAACCUCUUCACCAGGCCUGAGGUGCUCGCACCCGAAGAGGCAUGGUAUUGCCCCAAGUGCAAGCAGCACAGAGAGGCGUCUAAGCAGCUCAUGCUCUGGAGGCUUCCGAACGUCCUGAUCAUCCAGCUCAAGCGGUUCUCCUUCCGCAGUUUCAUCUGGAGGGACAAAAUCAAUGACAUGGUUGACUUCCCUGUCAGAAGCCUGGACCUGAGCAACUUCUGUAAUGACCAGAAGGACGACACUCAGCCUCCCAUCUAUGACUUGUAUGGUGUGAUUAAUCACUAUGGUGGAAUGAUUGGGGGGCAUUACACUGCAUAUGCUCGCCUGCCCAGUGACAAAAACAGCCAGCGCAGUGACGUAGGAUGGCGACUUUUUGAUGACAGCACAGUGACCACAGUGGAGGAGAGCCAGGUCGUGACACGCUAUGCAUACGUGCUCUUCUAUCGACGCCGCAACUCUCCCCUGGAGAGACCAUCACGAUGUCCAGCCCCCCACAGUGCAGAAUCACCAGCAACGGCCGAAGCCGGCGCCAGUCAG